AUGGAGCAUAGUAGGGACUCUCUAUCUGAUGGGCUUUCAGGAGGUGGUCACAUGACCAGUUUCCUAAAUAAUCAAAAAUGUGAAUGCUGUGGUGCUGCAUUGUGGCUUCCUGAAUAUAAAAAGGACUCGUAUCUGCCAUGCUUGCAAUGGCCCUCUUACACAAGUGCAGUUAAUGCAUAUAUCACGACACGAAUUGAGGGCAUUCUAACCUCAUUUUCAAUUGAUCCACACAAGCUUCUGGAAGGCAUGGAGACCUGUGUGCUGGCAAAUGUCGACAGUUUUGCCCCAAAUGAUCUAGAUAUAUAUGUACCAGAAGCUCAUGCUGAAACCUUGGCCAAGCGCAUUUUAUCCAGGUUCAAAUCUGUUGGCGGUCACUUGCCAAUCUAUGAUUUGAAUCCUGCUAUCACUCACGUUGAAUGGUACACUUCCAAUUUCCAUCCCCUCAUUCAUGUCAACAUUAUCGCCACCAAAUCCACGUCACCCUUGGAGGCCCUAUUCCAUUCUGGUGCAUCCAUUACCAUGAACGCUAUAACUGGGCGAGGAAUUUUCACUGCUUAUGCUGAUCUAAAAGCCCGUAAAAUCAGCUUGCUACCUUUCAGUUUAUCCCUGCCCACCGCCAAACUCUUUCGUGCAGUGAGAAACAGAUCAUCUUUGCCCCAGGAUGAGGCACAUACCAUUCUCGUUCACUUUGGAAUUUCAGUACCAGUUACAGCAUUGCCUUGGGAGUUGAUGGAACUUCUCGUUAAAAAGUAUAAAUCGAGAGUUGGGGUUACCUUUAUCCGUGAUCUAGCAGCGAUCAAGGACCAUACCUGUGGAGAGGAUCCUUCUUGCAGCUUUACCCUGAGGACUUCCACUGAUUCAGGAUGCGCCUUCUUCCCCUUCAGACCGCUUUCACCUCUUCCUACUUUGACGCUCGCCAUGCCCAUCACUCCUGUCAUGCCCAAAGUAGUAGAAAAUCCGAUCCGCUGGAGUGUGGUUACUCCAAAGCUUAUCUCAUGGUGUGUCGGUGGCUGUAGAUGUGCUGGUGACGGCGUUAAACUCCCUAGCCUAGUGUCUAGCCUCCCAGCCGAUUAUGUGUUGUAG